AACCAGCGUACUGCACUCAGAAUUCCACUCCCUCCUGAACAGGCUGGAAUCUGGGUAGGGAAGUGGGUUGGAAACCUCCUGUAAUAGAGGGGAAGAAGUUGCUCACACAUUGCUAUAUUUUGCUUCUAAGUGACCCGGGUGACUGAGCACCGUUAGGGCACCUUUACCCAGGCUAGCAGGUCAGAAGUCAUUCGGCUGAAGAACUCUUAAUAGUUAAAUAUGGGAGUUUCCACGCUUCUUGGCUGUUAAAAUGGGAGUGUCUGUAGUGAGCACUGCUAAAGACUGACUUUUCCUUUCUUCUUAUUUCAUAAAACUAUUCAUAAAUCUAUUUUAAGUAGAAAGGUUAAGUGUUCUUUUAAUAGCUUUUACAUUGUGAUGUUUUUUGGUAAUUUCAGGGCUAUUGCAGGCUGCUUUUUCCCUUGAGUUGUGAGUCAUCACAUAAAGCUUCAGGGCUUCUGUCUGCAAACCGGGGAAGGUGGCUGGUGAGACACAGCGUGCUUUGUUCUGCACCGUUGCUCUUCGGCAGUUCCACAGCUCCCUAUGCUCCGCAGGGUUUAACAUUUGAACUUCCCCUAAGAGCAGGUUACGGUGCAGGCGGGGAGGGCGGUGCGAGCCCCGGGCUGAGUGUGCUGCUUUCUGCCCUGCCCUUCGUUACCCCUCCCAGCAGGCAGGUGGGUUUGGGGUUAUACAGACACAGCACGAGUUUCCCUUUGCUGUUGUGUCUCCCCAGUCCCGCUAAGCAAAUACUCAUGAGUUUCUCUGGAAAGGUUUGCUUCCCAGGAGAGAAAAAAGGUGAUUGCACAGUCUAAGGCAGUCCCUGGGUGCUGGGGAUUGGCCGGAGGAAGGGUGGAGGCUAAAUACUCCUGCUGCACUGGGGUCUUGGGGAGAAGCUUUGCCAGCCCCAACCCCGAUGGGCCUUUUUUAAGUGGCUGGAAUAGCAACGGGCAGGAGUGUCCGUGGGGGGCAAGGGUGCUGGCUUGCGGCUCUGGGGGGGUUCAGCCCUCGGUGUGCUGGGCUGGUAGUGCCCUCGCCGUGCAGCCUCGGGGACAGCCUGUGGGCACCCGGAGUGCAGCGUCCUGGUCACACCCCUUCACCGCUCUGCAGCCAGGACUUGGUUCUUUGCUAAAAUUUUGUAGUCUGGGUGAAUUCCCUUCCAAAGCAGAAAAGUCUCCUCCAGCACACACACCCGGUGCCACCUCACAUGUGGCUGUGGCUGUUAGGUGUGGAAUUUGUCUUCAGAGCGUGAUGGCGAGGUGCCCGUGCUCUGGCAUGUGCUUUUGAGGGCUCCAUUUUUCUGUUCAGUAUGUGGCUGUUGCACACGCAGACACCAUCUCUGCAUUUCUUGCUCUAACAGUUUCUUUCUGGCACCAAGGACCAAAAGUGAGAGCGGUCCCCUGGUUCCUGCAAUGUGGGGACCCUUCCCCAGAAUCUCCCCACAGCAGCAGGAAAACGAGAUAUUUCAGUGUGGCAACUGUGGAGCAUCCUGAGCACCUGUCGCUGCAGGAACAGGGAUGUGGCCUGGCCUCUGCACCCACUGGAGGAGGAAUUGCAGCUGCCUUUAAACACCCUCUGUGCUGGGAAGCUCUGAUAGCCGACUCUGCUGUGGCAAAUUUGGCUCAAUGGCUGUGAGCAGAAGCCUCACAGACGACAAGGAGAAGGAUGUGUUUCCAGCUAGGCUGCAGCGGCUGCACGAUUUGCUCUGUUGUCUCCAGACGAGAAGGCUGACGCUGGAGACGCGAUAGCAGAGGCAGAUGGAACCCUCGUGCUGCCUCUCGGAGCUUGUCAGUAGAUGCUCUUCCCACAUGGUUGCCAGAGAGAAAGGAGCACCCCUGGGCCAUGCUGUGUGCCCGUCUCGGCGCGAGCGAGGGCGGCGGCAGCUUUAGAUCCCCUUGUCCCCGCCGUGUGUCCAGCCAGGAGUCGUGCACGUCGGGAAGGAGGCAGUGACCGGGGCACCAGGAAACCUGUCUCUCCUCUGUGCCUGUUCUGCAGAUUCCUGCUGGGGGCAAGGAGUGUCAGAACAGAAAGCGGGAGCUCGAGCCCGGGCCGGAGCCUGGGUGGCGCGGCGGCCAGCAGAGCACUUGUCCCAGCACCAGUGUUUCCUGGGCUCAGUGCACAAAGACGACGACAACAAUCCUGUUAUGCAGGGGAUUAAGUCUUCACCAGCCUGACCACUGUCAGGUAUCCCGUGUGCCAGCCCACAGCGAGGUUUCUGAUCCUUCCCCCCUUCCCAUCUGAAACAGGUAUGAAGUGACCAGCUUUGUGAGCUCCCACUGAACUCUGGGCUCUGGCUCAGUCCCACCACGGUGCCCUUGCUCGUGUGGCGCUGAUCUCUGGAGGGGCUUCACCCCCGUGAGGGGCUGUGAGCAGACGGGGCUUUUGUUCAGAGGGUGAAGGCCCUCCAGUAGAGGAACAGAAGACAUUUCUAUAAAUGCAGCUUCUCAAGUCAGAGCAGCCCCGCAGGUGAAGGAAGUAGGAUGACGUCUCCACAGCUCCGUCUCCAGCGAACUCUGCAGGUUGGAGGAAGCUUCCAGGUGCCAAGAGCAAGACAUGGCGAUGUGUCACUUGGUUGUCAGUGCAAGAUGAUCUGUGAAGAUUCUGUAUUGAGACCUUUAGUCAGAGUGUGAAGGAGGAAUGAAACUCUGUUGCCUCUUAAAAUAAAGAGCAGAUACAGUCCAGAAGGUCAGGGCCUGAUUCUGCAGAUCCCGCCAUGCGACUGAGUUCUGCGAGAGGAGCUCGGAGGGGCUCAUCGUCACAGUAACACGCCGGUGCCUCUCAGCUUGCAUCUGAGUGUCUGAACGUUAUCUGCUGGUGGCUGCCUUGAAGAAUGAGAAGAGGUUGCUCUGUCGUGUUGCACUUGAACCUCUGCACAAGUUUCCAGAUCAAGCUGCAUGCAGCAGAACUUUGGCCUAAAGCAACUCCUGCGUCACCCACCCGGGCUCCAGCAUCCCCGUGGUGAGCUCCCCUGCCUGCCGCUGCUCCCGGGGAGUAAAUCGUCUCUGUGGCACUGGCAGAGCCGCGCUCCCCAGUUCCGCCCCGUGCUGUGGAGGACACGGCACCGGCACUGCCUCGAGGUUUCUGCGGAAGGGAGUGACUGAAGUGACAUCUCCAGCCUGCUCCAGCCUUUAGCAUUUCGUACGAACAACCGGAGGUCGCUGCCAUUGUCCAGCUGACCUGGUGGCCGUCACCUGCAGUGGCCAACGGCCCGCCGAGGAGAGCACAGGAGCGAGACAAGUUAGAACUAGAAGUUGUCAGAACGGAUCUCCUCGCUGUGUCUGUGAAGCCCCGAUGGCUCCGUGGUGCCGUCCUGGCCCCGGUUCUCGUCCGCAUGCAGCAUCCCCACCCCCUGCAGACGAGUGCCCGGCCGGUGACGUCCAGCUGGGAACAGCGACCGACACGAGGCGCUCGAAGCGCUGGGCUCUGCUGCAGGAGUGUGCCUCUGGGAGAGAUUCCUUCUUUGCUCGAGGCAAACAGUGAUUGCUUUCAGUAUGAGGCACCGCUAACGGCGUCAGGCAGGGACGGCCGUGCCGCUGCCCUUUGCCGGGUUCCCGAGCCAGGAGCUCUGCUCACCCAUCGCGAGCGAGAGGAGAGUUUGUCAGCAACCGAAACGGGCUUGAACAUCAGAGGAUCACACACCGCCCAGCCCGUGGCAGAGCCGCCCGUCACGCCUGUCCUGCAUCGCGGCGCAGCUGGGCCUCUCCCCCUUCAUCCCAGCCGAACGAAAGGAAACAGAAUUAUGAAGUACCUUGCAGGGGACAAGUGGAGGUGAAGCUGACCGGCUGGUUCUGUGCGCGCCAGUUAAUGCUAAUCUCCGACCAAAUCUGAUUUAGGCUUCCAGCAGCCCAAGGAACCUGCAAGAGCAACGUCUGUCACGACAGAAACUGCUUUUGGUGCGUGAAGACUCUUUGGUUGGUUGGAAGGGAAGCCCGGGGGCACAGUGAGCAGCCCCCACUCCGGCAGUGGCAAAGCACGGGGCAGUGAGGCACCAGCUUCGGGCAACUGGCAGAGAUCUCCACCGACGGCUCUCACGGGAAGGUAACUCGGGUCAGCCUCGCUGCCGGGGGGAGGAGGUUUGUGUGGUGGAGGGAUCGGGGUCCCUCGGCCGGGCGCCGAGCCAGGGCGGCUGUGGCCAGCACGCUGCGGAGCUGCUGCGUGCCAAGCAGAGACCUGCUGAACGCCGACGGCUCCCCCAGAGCAACGCGGGGCCCCGGCCCCCUCUGCUCUGCACCUCUGCAAGCCUCUGCUUUGCCUCUGGGAAAAGAAAACGGCAGAAUGGGAACAGCUGCACUCCUUGAGCCCCUGCAAGGGACUGCAGCGAGCAGAGGAUCGGGCCCUGCUGGCUCUCAGGAGGGGACUGACUUUUAAAAAUGAAAAGGAAACCCAGAACGGUCAAAAGGCCCUGAAAGGCAGCAAGAAUCACACAUAGGGAUUGAAAGCUAAAGAGAGGGAGAAUCUUAAUUAGAUCUCCACCAACCUGUAGAAGAAGACAUUUGGAUUAAAAUGAAGCGGAGCUUUGUACUCUCAGGGUUUCAGCGCAAGAAUGGAAGAGGAAUUAUUCACAUUUGCUAUUUGUGAAGCUGGAUUGCUUUUGCUGUGAACUUGUCUUUUUAACUUCUCACCUUGUCAGAAAAUUGUGAAAAGCUGCUGGGAUGGUGUAUUUGGGGUAGUUCUUAUCACAGCACGUAGCAGAAACAUUUCCAUGGUUUCAGAACAUGGGCAGAGUUUCCUAUUUAAUCCUAUCCUCCCCGAGUUACCUCCUUCCCUCCUGCGGCAAGGCAGCCCAUCCACUAGUCACCAACCUGCCUUAUAUUUCACUACCAUUGAUAUUUUCUCUUUGCGAAUAUCUAUCAAUAUUUAAUACAGUGGUGUCAGUUUUGCUGUAAGAUGAGAGGAACUACUAGAAACCUUGAAUUAUACAUUGUGUGGCUGGGGGAAGCUGGGGAGAGUUUCUUUUGGACCCAAAGCUCUUGGAGUUGAUCUCCAGGACCUGCAGCUUGAAAUCCUAAUAAUGGAUGAGCACCAGAAGAAACUCAAUCAGCGGCAUGAGGGAAGGCCCCGCAAAGUGAGGUUCAAAAUUUCAUCGUCUUACAGUGGUCGAGUGUUAAAACAAGUCUAUGAAGAUGGGCAGGAACUGGAGCCCCCGGCCAAAGAGCACUCUCGGCGUUCUCUCCGCCACAGCUUCGAGCCAGGGGACCAUUUCUGUGGGGCUGGGGAAAUGCCAGAAAACAGGUUUUACUUGCCAGCCAAGCUGACUGCCCAGCGGAUCAGCAUAUUCAAAGAGGAUAAGAAAUACAGUCUCACCAGUAACUCGCCUCUCCUCGGUGACUACCAGGCCAGCGACAGCCACUGCAGGGCUUCCCCAAUUCUAGAUUUUGGCAAGAUCGUCAUCUACACCAAUAACUUGAAAAUCAUCCGUGCACCAAUGGACCAGAAAGAGCUCAUGAGGAGAAUCAUCCAGACUGAGGGAGUAAGUGACUGGGCCUUCGUAUACCGGGAAAAGAAAGAAAGAUUUGGUGGUGGACAUAGAAAAGAUGUGGAAAAAAAGGUUGCCUGCAACCAGUAUGUGCAGGAAGGAGAUGCUGAACAUGGUUGUUCCCAGUGUAAAGGCUCAGGCUCUGCUCCUUGCUCACUGUGCCACGGAAGCAAGUUUUCAAUGCUGGCAAACAGAUUCAAAGAGUCCUACAGGGCUCUCCGAUGUCCGGCUUGCAACGAGAGGGGCCUGCAGCCCUGCCAGAUCUGCGCUGCCUGAUCCGGAUCACCAUCCCUGCCGCAGGCUACAAACACCACAGCGAUAUUUUGUUGAAAACUUUGAAUUAUUUAACCUUCAAGCAGCCUCGCUGUCAUGACAAGUUUUUAAAAGAUGGGGAAGGCACAUUAUAUACAUCCCACUGUCCAUGUGAAUACCACACCUCUGCUACCGACUGUCCCUCUUGUCUGCUACGCAGACCUGUCCGACUUUGCCGUCGGCCCAGACCCCAGUGUCUGCAGGGUGAGCGUAUCCCCUGAUGCUAGAGGAGAUUAUCAACUUUUGGAAUCUCUGGCAUCUAGAACUCAGCCUGAAUUUGCUGGCACUGUCCCUUAGCCAGGAGCGUGGUGCCCAGCAGAGCCAGGCCCCGACCCACCAGGCACUCCAGUAACAUGGUUAACAGCAGCAGAAUUAGGCGCAGUUUGGGCACGUUGGUAACGUGUCAGGGUGUAAAGUCUGUUUGUAUCACAACAGCAAAGUGGGGCCUCCUCUAGGUUUUGACUUGCUGAACGUUUUAAAAUUACGCUGUCUUUUGUAGUUAACAACCAUGUACUUGCCCUGCAGUGUCACAAGCAUUUCCCGGAGAUUUUGCCGAUUCUUACAUCUGCUUUAGCGGACACAAUGAUUCCUUUGGGGUCUGAUUUAUGGGAAGAAAUUGAAAACCCUUCCCAAUCCUGGAGCUAUUAAAAAUGUACAAUAAUUUAUUCUUGUAAAUAGAAGUUAUUAAAUUUUUAGCCUACUUAUGAGGAAGUGCUAUAUUAAAAUUCCCCCGUACAAUGCUCAGCACUUUUCAGGAUCAGGCUGGUGGUGAGCAGGACUUCUGUUGCUUAAUAUUAAUCCCAUGUUGUAAUCUGCAGAAGGUAAACUCUAAUUAGCUGAGAUGAAGCAAUGAUGUGGGAUACUUUGCAGGCUGCCACGGGUGGCACAGAAUACAGAGGCUUCAAGAGGUUGAGGCAAGCAGGGGAAAUGGUAUUUUUUCCCCAAAGCAUUAAUUUAUUACAUUUUAUAUUCAUAAGUAAUGUUAAUGCAGCCUUAACUUGCAUAUUACCUCUGAGACUCUGAUAGUUAAGAGACUGCUCACAUGUACUUUGUGCUGAGGUUGCAAGCCUGGACAGGGUAAUUUAUGGCCAAGUUUCUAUUUUCCUGUGGUAGGUUAUAAGAAUUCUCUGCAAUAGUUAAAUGAUAAGAAAUAAUGCUGGUUUAGCUCUUAAAUUUCCAUCUGUCUCUUACUAAAAUUGUUCAGUGGGUAAUGAGAGUUUAUUUUUUGAAAAAAGUGCAUAAAUCUAUAGCAGAUACUUGAUUGGCUUUAUUUAUCAUACUAGGAUCUGCGUUAUGAAAAAAAUGUAGUCCCUGGGGUAUUCACUGAGGGCAGAUGAGACCUCAAAAAUCAGAAAUUGUUGUUAGGUGAAUCUCUUCCCUCAGAUUUGGCCCGUUUGUUCUCAUAGUUUGUUGGGCUUGUGUAAAAGUUUGCUGGCUUAAGAUAAAGAAAAAAGCAACCAGGCGAAAUUGUUGCCUGAUAGUUUAAUGUUUACAAUAAACUAGAUGCAAAUACGCAUUUCUAAA